AGCCCGUGAGCAAAUGCACACACACCGGGUAGCAGAAAACGCGUAGCCAACUUCGCGCGUUCUUUCGCAAAAAAAAAAGCCUCGUCUUGUUAUCGGAGGUAAUUUCGGUAAAUUAAUAAUUCCCCAUAACUUGAUGAAUUCAGCAAUAAAUUAUCGAAGUAACGAGUCUGACAUAUUCGCGCAUCGUAUUCGCGUGGCCCCGAGAUAAUGUCGGAAUUAUCCAUGGACCGUGUAAUCCCAGAGACGCAAAAGGACGAUUCUCCAACGACAAAUGAUCACGACAAUACCCAACAUAAAUCGCCACUGAAUGAGAGCCAGGAUUUUCAUCUAAUCGCUGAGGUGGAAACACAGGAGGAAAAAAUCACUGGGGACAAUGUUGGUGACAAGGGUGAUGGUAAUGUCGAGUUGAGCCAGCACGAGACCGAUGGAGAUGAUCAGGAUGAAGCGCGGGAUAACGAUAAGGGGGACAAGUCUGUUGUCGAGCCGGAGUGUUCACCCAGGGAUAACGAUCAGGAACAACAGGAUGAGGAUGUUGUUCAGUGCACACCGACUGAGGAGAUACUCACACCCAAGAGGAGACAGCUGAGUGCUGGGGGACAGAAGAGAAAGGCUGAGGAGGAGGUGGAUCUGGCGAUCAAGUUCCAGAGGACAUCCUCCAGGGAGGAUGCCUUGACCUCUGUCAGGAAGAAACUCGAUGAGAUCGAAGAGUCUGAAGACCCCGAGACGCCCACAGAGGUGUCCCCCAACGCUUCAGCAUCAGCUGCAAGUCAGCUUCCCCCAGAGGCUGCCCUCCCACACCCCCAGGACCCUCUAGAAGCCCCACAAGUCCCUGAGGUCCCUGAGAAAGAGUCCAUGGACGUCGACCCCACGCCCGUCACUCCAGCGGUCCCCGCAACCUCACCGUCCCCCAUUCCAUCAGAAACCCUACCCUCAUCGUCCCCGAAAGCACAAGAGCAGAGCCUCCCAAAGCCAGAAACCUCCAAAAAAUCUCGAAUGAGCAUCGAAGUGAUUUUCGACAAAGCUCUAGCUCCUCCCCCACCCCCAAAAGAACUCGUGGAGAUCGACGAGGACGGUGAGAAGAUAGUCCUGGAUGCCUCCCAGGAGGACGCAAUCCCGCUCGACCCCUCCUACAAGACCUGCGAGAGUAAAUCAGCAACAGACAGUUAUAAAUCAGCGACAAGUGUAAAACCGAGUGAUGGCAGUGAAAGCCAAUUGACAAAUGGAAAUGACCGAAAAUCCCAAGAUCCAGACCUCACCCUGAGUCCAUCACCAUCGACAAUGGAGUCCUCAGGGGCCCCAAAAACCCCCAGCAAGCCCCCUGAGCUCCUCAACCUAGUCAGUGACAGCGAGGGGGAUUCAUUCAUGAACGAGGACAAACCAAAAUCCAAGAUCAUUCCAGUCGAGAGGGAGCUGAAUGUCCUCGUGAAAGUUAAGUUUCUCCUCCAGGUGAACGAGUCCACAAAGGAGAUAUCAGGAAAGGAAUUCCUGUCCGUUGAUUUUGAGCAAUUUUCCGAUCUUCAUUUAUCGAGAAGAAGAAACAGUGAUGUAUCAGCCCUUGCUGAUGUGUCUGAUAACAAAGAUCCAACAUCACCAGGCUCAGUCACCAGUAAUCCCCAGCCAUACAUCCUGGGAGCAUCCAGAUUUUCAUUGAUGUCGUCAGCAAGUACGUCCAGCUCGUCGUCCAGUGGUUCAUCAAAAAUUGGAAAAGAUCCCCCUCAUUUUUCCCUCCCUCGGGGAAUCCCCAAACAUGCCAAGAGACUUUUGGAUAGUGUCGAUGAGGCAACGGAGAAGCUGAAGAAAGAGUGGAAGAAUGCCAGUCUUUUGACAUCUGGUAUCCUCGGCUUUGUCAAUGCCGAGGCAAUAGCCUGUGAUCUACAUAAUGGUACCAGCGAGGAUAGCCUGGAAAGACUGACAGCCUCGACCCCUGAGACAGUUGUUGUUGCAACUCCCAAGGGCAGCAAGAAGGGAAGACUUCCAAAACGUUCACGACAAAAUUCACGAUCCUCGAGGACUAAUGGCUUGUCAAAGCUCUCGCCAACAGUUCUCUCUACCAUUGACUCCAAGAGUGAUACAGAGGGAAAUGAAUCAAUUAUUUCCGAAGUAUCAACUCCAUCGAGACAGAGUGGAAGAUCUCUUUCCAUCUUGAGGAAUCAGACGCCUGUGUACGAUCCCAGCGAUGCACUAGUGGGGAAAGAAUGCUUUGCCAAGUGGUCGGAUAAUAAUUACUAUCCUGGCAAGGUCAUCAGCAAGUCCAAGGGAAAAUUCAAGGUGAAUUUUCUGGAUGGAAAGAACAAGAUGCUGAUCGAGGAAUUUGUCAUUCCCAUUCUCAGGAGUCUCGAUGAAGGUCUUUCCGUUUAUGCUAUGACACCUGAGGAUUAUGGAUCUUGUGGCAUUAUUGUUGCUGUUGACAAGGUCAUGGAUCAGGUUUUGUACACUGUCGAGACUGACGAAGGGGAGAAAAUUAAGGUGCCAAUCAAGGAUAUAUUUCUAACUGCUGAUCAAGCACAAUUUCUCAGAGAAGUUGUGGACAACGAUAUCAAGAGUCCACCCAACACUCCAUCAAUGGGUAAAGUCACCAUGGACAACAUUGUCGAGGGCUCGAGAAGGGGUAAAUCGGUCCUGGGUACACCCAAAUCAGGAAGAUCAAAGAGAGGCCACAAGAGUUCAGAUGUCGAGCCUUCGGGAUCCGGAAUUUUCAAGAAAAAGGAUGAAUCUGACAGCGAUUCAGGGUAUACACUUGAUACUGAUGUCGAGGGGGUACAGAUAGAGAUGACGGAAACACACAAUGAACUUGCGGGCAAGGGCCCUGCCAGCAGGGUUAAGGGCAAGGGGAAGAACCGAAAAAAGGAGGAUCAGGAUGUUGUUGCUACGUUGGGACCCAUUCCUGAGGGAUCCAAUCUAUUCAAAGGAUUAUCGUUCAUACUCACUUGUGCUCCACUUGAGUCACUUGAUAGAUACAAAAUGGAGAUGGCAGAUUCUGCUAAUUCGGAGACUGAGACAGAGAAUGAGGCUGAGUGGAGUAGGAUUCCCUUUGUAAGGGAGAGACUCACUGCUCAGAUCACUGGGGGCGGGGGAAAGGUUUAUCAGGAGUUCAAGGAUAUUCCUGUUGAGGAGUUUAAAAAUACCAAGCUGAUUACAAAUGUUCCUAAUAUCACUGCGAAGAGCCUUCUCUGUUUAUCCGUGGGAAUAUAUUCGGUUAAUCAUCGGUGGGUCAUCAGGUGUUGUCAGGAGAACAAACUCGUCAAUGCAUCAGAGGAGACCUUGCCAGCUGGCUGGAGCUUUGACAAGGGAACGUAUGUGGAUAUGUACCAGAGGCCCAAUGAUAAACCACUGGGACAUGCAGUGAUUGUAAUGCCAAAGAUCCCAUCCAACGAACGGUCAAUCGAAUUCUGGCAGAGGGUCAUUGCCAAUGCUGGUGGGACCUUGCGACUCGUGGAGAACCAAUCCGAGACAUUUAUGGAAGGCACUGUGGUCCUGGCGAACGAUAAAUGCCCAACUUGGAUGAAGGACAAGGCAGCGGGCUGGAAGAUUCCCCUGGUAACAACGACCUGGGUCAUUCAAUCCCUGAUUGAAGGAAAAAUGAUGCCAUCCGAUGCUCAUCCUCUGUACCAGCACAAUUUCCUGAAGAAAUAGAGGAUGUGAAAUUCCCCGUUGAAAUUGCGCCAACGAUUUUUCUAAUAAUCUAGAUUCAUUUAUUGUAUCACAGAUACAGUUACCCUGGGUUUUUUUUUCUCUUUGUUUUCUUUAUUGUUUGUCUUCUUCUCCAUGUACGACGUGUUCUCUCGUCUACAGGCUUAUGUUGCAUUUAUAUCUCAGAAUUAAUUUUUUUUCUCCCCGAAAGCUUUGUUCACUGGCUUAAACUCACGAGCAGGUGCUUCAGACCUGUGACUAUAAUUUUUUUCUCGUGAUUAUAAAGUAUUUGGUGGCUGGGGAAAGAGUGGAGGAUAUGGUGAAUCGUCUUCAAUCGACAGUGAAUUAAAAAAACAAGACUUUUAUGGAUUCCAUUGAACCAAAUUGAAACAUUUAAACUGGUGGACUCUAUCGGAGCUUGAUACAAGUGUUAUCAAUCAUAAACAUAUAUGUAAUAAUUGUAUCAACUUUUGUUUACCUAAGCCGUAGCGACUGUACAAUUUUUCUGGUGAUAAGAAGAAAAAGCGAUAAAAAUAUAUUGACAUAUUUUGGCAA